CGGGGUAUUGAGAGAUGAAGGAGGGUAUGAAUUUAAACGAGCAGUAGUUGAAGCAAUAUUUGACUUGGUCAAGUUCAUACCUGAGUCCAAAGAAGCUGCUUUGGCUCAUUUAUGCGAAUUCAUUGAAGAUUGUGAAUUCACCAAGCUUUCAGUGCGUGUUUUACACCUUCUUGGAGUUGAGGGACCAAAGACAGCCACUCCUACAAAAUAUAUCCGCUAUAUUUAUAAUCGCGUUAUAUUAGAAAAUUCUAUUGUUAGAGCUGCGGCAGUAAGUGCUCUUGCUAAAUUUGGUGUUAGUGUAGAAGAUCCCGAAGUUAAAAAGAGUAUAAAAGUUCUGCUUACUAGAUGUUUGGAUGAUAAUGAUGACGAAGUUCGAGACAGAGCAACGUUAUAUUUGAAACUUUUAGAUGAAGAAGAUAAUGCUGAAAAAUAUCUUAAAGAUGACUCUACAUAUUCACUUGCGGCCCUUGAAAGACAAUUGGUACAAUAUGUAAGUGAUCCUGAAUCUGCGGAAAAUCCAUUCGAUCUAUCUGCCGUUCCAAAGAUAACUAAAUCUCAGGCUGAAGCCGAGAAUUUACGACCUCGAAGCUUUGACCUGGCGAAUACACAAAUCAUUGGUGUUUCUUCGCCAGCUGUUAUUGGAAUAAUCCCUGCCACUAUUUCUACUACAAGCAGGGAUGUAACACCUACCCCUGGAAUUGAUCAGCAGCAAAUUUAUGCUCAACAAUUGGAAAAAAUUCCAGAAAUUGCAGCGUUCGGAACUUUGUUUAAGAGUAGUACCAAACCAGUUGAGCUUACAGAAAGUGAGACAGAAUAUGUUGUUAGUUGUGUAAAACACGUAUUCAAUGAAAACAUAGUAUUUCAGUUUAAUAUAAACAAUACAUUGAAUGAUCAGUUAUUAGAGAAUGCGUCAGUUGUAAUGCAACCAGAAUCAGAUGAUAUUGGUUUAGAGGAAGAGUUUGUAAUCCCGGCUUCUAAAUUAGCAUAUGACCAGCCUGGAUCAGUAUAUGUUGCUUUUAAAAGAACAAAUCUCGAUGAAUACGCUCUAGGAAGUUUCUCAAAUACUUUGAAAUUUGUAGUCAAGGAUUGCGACCCUAAUAGCGGAGAACCUGAUGAAGAAGGAUAUGAGGAUGAAUAUCUGGUCGAAGAUGUCGAGUUAGUGACUGGAGACUAUGUCCUCCCAACAUACAUCUCUGAUUUCCAGGUUUCCUGGGACAAACUUGGAGAAGAUGGUCAAGUUGUUGAGACAUUUGCCUUAACCGCAGCAAAAAGUUUAAAAGCUGCUUGUACAACUCUAAUUGAACUUCUUGGAAUGAGUGCUGUUGAAAACACUGGAACACCACAAUCAUCAAGUGUACAUACACUUUUACUUUCUGGUAUAUGUUUGGGUGGAGUGGAAGUUCUUGCCAAAAGUCGUAUGACAUUUUCCCCUAGUACUGGUGUUACAAUGGAGUUAUCAGUCCGAUCAUCCAGCCAGGAGAUUAGUCGUAUUGUUAUUAGUGCUGUUGUAUAG